AUGGCGCCAAGGUGAGUAGCUAACCUGGAAAUAGUUUACUCCUGGUAGGUUUAUUUAUUAAUUUGGAUUUUUAGAGCCAAGCCACAAGAAGGUUUAAAACCAUUUUGGACGUAUCUUUUGGCGGCUGGAAUUGCUUUCGUCUCAUAUCUAAUAUUACUUUUGUUUGCAAAACCAUCAGAAUUGGAUGUCAUAGUCAUGGCAAGUUUUGUUCUUUCGUACGCUGUGUUUGCUGAAAUACAAGGUUUUUUAGAGCGAAACUGGUCUGAAACUUCGUAAAUAUGAAGAACAGUAUCUGGGAGAGAUGGCACGAUUGAUGUACGAUCAGAAUCAACGCGAGUUUCGAUUGUUAACGGAAGAAUUGAAUCGGGUUGGUUAAGGUAUCUAAAAUAAUGUUUUCCAUAGAUGAGAGAGGAAUUGAAAUCCAGCAUGAACUCAUUCGAGGACAAGAUCGAGAAGUUGGUUCAGGAAAAAGGUGAUUUUUUUUAUUUUUCUCUUUUAACAUUGUUUUAGAGACACCUCCUUCUCCCAUAAAACCUACAUUGAAGUCCAAUUUUGCUCAACUAACAGCAGGUAAUUGUAUAAAGUUUGAUAUUUAUUUCAUCUGUAGGCGCCUCAAUAUACUCACAUUCAGUCCCACACGAUUUCGGAGCGGAAGUUUAUCAGUUCAUGAGCAUUCCACUAAUAACUUACAAAAGAGACCCGAAUAUUUUAUUAGAGGUGAGUUAAUCUGGAAGGAUAAUACUGUUUUGUAAAUAGAUUAGUUUCCUAAAAUUGUUUGUGAAAUGGGUAAUCCAGAAAAGAAAUUUUUCCCUUUCUGGAUUUAUCUCUUCGUCUGAACCAUAAAUGAACGCCUAAUCUGAGGGAUAAUAUAACAUUAAUCUAAUCUUAUGAGGAAAUAGCUCGUUUUUUCUGGAUAUAUUUCGAAUAUGAAGGAAAUAUGAUUUCAGAGCAAAGCUGAGAUUAGUUCGGGAUUGUGCUGGCCUUUCCAAGGAUCCCAUGGAGAAGUUACGAUCAAGCUCUUCGAAUUGGCAAACAUAUCUCAGAUCUCAUACACACAUAUCUCAUUGGACGAAACCCCGCUCAUCUUGUCGAAUACCUCACCCAAAUUGAUCGAGGUUUAUGCUGGAUUCAGGCCGGAAUCCCUCCAAUCCAUCGGCUCCAUGGAAUUUGAUCCUCAACAAACUCAAAGUGUAUUUAUUUUGGAGGUAAUGCUUAUUAUUAUGAUUUUUUGAUUUAGGCCUUGACAGCUCCGAUUUUUUGACUAGGAAAGCUAACAAAGGAAAGGUCAUCAUACAAUUCUAUUAUCCACAAACUUAACCUAAUUUCAGAAACCAAUUAUUGCCCGAUUUGUCCGCUUUUCAGUAGUUUCCAACUUUGGAGGAGAGUUUACAUGUUUAUACCGGUUGGGAGUCCAUGGCGAUCGGAUCUCAAGAACAUAG